CUCGGAUCUCUCUCGAAAUUCCCUCCAAUCCGAAAUUCCGAGUCCGUGCUCUCCUAUUUCUCCGGCCUCACAGUACCGAGCCGUGUUGUCCACGGCUAGCAGGUUCCCAGCUUCUCAGGCUUCUUAGGCUCAGGCUUCUUAGCUUCUCAGCUUCCCAUUGAAUCGCAGUUUGCGCUGUGCCGCGAGUGGCGUGACUUCCCGCCGCAUCUGCAUCCCAGCGUCGUUGGCUCUCCAGCAGAUUCGUUCAGUUCGGUCUGCUUGCCCGCCAACCCGCAACCGUCGGACGAUUCGCUGGACGUUUGUCGCGUGGCUGCGCUGAAUGACCAACCGGCGACUGAUCUCACGUCGUUCCGCGCCAGAUUCUAGCGAGUAGCAGCCUGUUGGCGCACUGUUGGCCUGCUGUUGGACCGUUCUGCGACCUUCCGCUCGUGCGUGGAUUCAUCGGAUUUGUUGCGCCCUGGAGAAUAGCCGCUUGCUGCUCGUGCGGCGUGACGCGUGUGGCGGCGUGAGGCGUGUAGCGUGAGGCGGCGUGGGGCGCGCGGCGUGACCACGAGCGAUGGCGAUUCAGACGACGCCGAUGGGAGUGGCCACGGGGACCUGGACGACCGGGCUGUGCGGCUGCUGCGAGGAUAUUCCUGGCGCGUGCUGCACGUAUUUCUGCCCGUGCGUGAUCCUGGGCCGGAACGUGAACAUUGUAACGGAUGGGUUCACAGAGUCAUCGACAGCGUGCUGUCUCUUCUUCCUCAUCGACUCUCUCACAAUGGGCAUGUGUGGCUUUGCCUACUCCUGUGGGUACCGCACGCGGCUGCGGCACAAGUAUGAUCUGCCCGAGUCGCCCUGCGGCGACUGCCUGACGCACCUGUGCUGCCUGCCGUGCGCGCUGUGCCAGGAGAACCGCGAGCUCAAGAACCGCGGCUGGGACCCCAAGCUCGGCUUUGCGUCCAAUGUGCGUAUCUUCAGGGCGCGAGGGCAGGAGCCCCCUCCCCAGGCCAUGAGGCGGUAAAGCAAGGGGAGGCGAGGGGGGUCGAGGGGGGCGAGGUGGGGCGAGAGGGGGCGAGGGGGGCAAGGGGGGGCAAGGGGGGGCAAGAAUCGGCAAGAGCGGGAAAGGGGGGGCAAGGGGCCACAAGGGGAGACGCUUGAAGAAGACACCUGAAGAGUCGCAUGCUUAACGGGCGCUUUGAGAGACACUGCUCACACGGCUGGAGGGGGGGGCUGCUGUGCUGACGUGCCUGGUGCAGGGGGGGGGUUGGGGGGGGUGGGGGAUGGCUGUGCGUGUGAAAUGUGCAAUCUGUUAGCUCUGUGUUACAGCGUUGAGCGAUGCAAUAGUUGCUUUGUGGGGCGCGGGCUUUAUAGGUACCAGGCCGCUGCAUGUGGUCAGGUCAGUGUGUUCAUCAAUGUGUGCUGGUUCUGGUGCUGGUAGUACUGGUGCUUCUACGGUAGUAGGUCCUCUUGUUUGUUUACGGGUGUUGGGGUGGUCUGGGUGGUGGGUGGGUGGUGGUCUGGGUCUGGGAGUGAUCUGACUCAGGGCCUCAGAUAUCUGAAUUCCUGAUUUUCAGUGUUGGAAAUAUCUCAAGGACUUCAGUGUUUCUGAAGUGUAGCACCACACUCGAGGAAGAUCGUAACGAGUACGCGAGUCAACGGAGGUUACAUGAAGGGGAUGGACAAAGAACACGAAAGGACUCGAAGGGUCGCAACCGGAGGUUGCGACUGACCGCUACAACAGUGCGGAUGGUAACCGAAGCGACAAUCGAGUCGCUGUGCGACUCGAUAACCGCUCCUGCAACUGUAUUCUACAACUGCUUUACUUUCCUAUUUUCUAUAUAUUGCUGUAUGCUUGCUUUCUUAAAAUAUCACUUUGUAGCACCACACUCGAGGAAGAUCGUAACGAGUACGCGAGUCAACGGAGGUUACAUGAAGGGGAUGGACAAAGAACACGAAAGGACUCGAAGGGUCGCAACCGGAGGUUGCGACUGACCGUUACAACAGUGCGGAUGGUAACCGAAGCGACAAUCGAGUCGCUGUGCGACUCGAUAACCGCUCCUGCAACUGUAUUCUACAACUGCUUUACUUUCCUAUUUUCUAUAUAUUGCUGUAUGCUUGCUUUCUUAAAAUAUCACUUGUUCUCAUAUACUAGUACAA